UUCCUUUCUCACCACCACCCUUUUCCUUGCUUCAGCAAUCUUCACAUUUGGUGCGCAUAAUGUAUCGCGCGGCUGUGCGGUCGGCUUCCCGCCAGGCCCUGGGCGGCAUGUCCAGGGCUACCGGGCGCGUGGCCCCCCGACGAUUCGCCUCGACGGCGUCUGCUGCCGAUAAGCCGAGGAGCUGGAAGAGCUCUGCGCUGCGAUGGGGUCUUGCCGUCGGUGCCGUGUACUAUUACAACACCAGUUCUGUCUUUGCGGAUGAGGCUACCGUGCAAAGAACAGUGCCCGCCCCUUCCGCGUUUGCCGAGUCCGACCUGCCGACCGUCGACGCCGUGAUCGAGGAGAAGCGGAAACAAGUCAAGGUCAAGGCUGAGAACGCCGCACCGCCCGCGACGCAGACGACGCCUGAGAAAGCCUCGACCGAACCGCAGAAGCAGCCUGACUCCGAAGACGCGCAAAGCACUGCAGCCCUCGAAGGCGGCCCUGCUGCCCUAGAGGAGGAGGCCGGGCAAGAAGGGGCUUUCAAUCCGGAGACGGGCGAGAUCAACUGGGACUGCCCAUGCCUCGGCGGCAUGGCUCAUGGGCCCUGCGGCGAGGAGUUCAAGACGGCCUUUAGCUGCUUUGUCUACUCGAACGAGGAGCCCAAGGGCAUGGAUUGUAUUGAGAAGUUCCAGGGCAUGCAAGAAUGCUUUCGAAAGUAUCCCGAGGUCUACGGCUCCGAGCUGACCGACGACCCUGCGGACGAGGAGGCCGGCAGCAGCGCGGCGCCGACAGAAGGCGAUGCGGCGGCCGUCCGAGACGCACACCCCGAGCCUGCCACCAAGGUACCCGAAUCCGACACGCAGCACGUGCCUGCAGUGACGGCCGUCGACGAUGCGGCGCCAGUAUGGGAGGACGCGCGAGCCGCCAACGAUGUUGUUGAGAAGAAGCACGAGGAACAGGCCUCCAAGGAGGCACAGCCUGAGGGCCAGAAGAAGGAAUAGAAGCCGGAUAGGCCGAGACGACAUAUCGGAGCACGCUCGAACGAGCUGUGCCAUGUACUACACGGCAUGCCAUACACGCAUGUCUGUAUCAUCAACGCUGUAUGAGACGGCAAGCGUAUAUAAAGAGGCUACAAAAUAGAAGGCUCAAACCACUCUAAAUAAAUCGAUCCAUGUCAUGGGCAGAUCAAAUGACGGC